CACAACUCCCACACCAUCGCAGAGCUUAAAAACAUACAUAUUUCUAAGUUUAACAUUCAUUAGAAAUCAAAAAUGGCUUCAAAAGCUCAAGCUUCUCUUGCGUUUUUUCUGGCACUCAACAUGCUUUUCUUCAACAUGUCGAGUGCAACCAUCACUUACACUUGCCCAAGUGACGUCUACUUAAACCUGAAAUUAUGUGUCAAUGUGUUGGGCCUCAUCACUCUUCCACCAAACGCUCAGUGCUGCGGAAUUCUGGGUACUCUUGCUGAUGCUGAAGCUGCUGCUUGCGUUUGCGCUGCCAUUAAAGCUAAUAUCUUGGGCAUACCGCUGAACCUCACUCUUGAUGUUGCCUUGAAUUUGUUGCUUAAGGGCUGUGGCAAGACUCUUCCGGCUGGAUACGUGUGCCCUGCUUAAAUUGUUGUUGAUUAAUUGGCUUGUGCAUGCUUAUGCAUGAAUUCACAAGUUAAUUAAUUAAUGAACAUCAACUAUCUCUCGUUAUGUACUUUUAAUUACUAUGGGUGUGGAAGACAAGAAGUACUAGAUGUUUCUUCUUAUUGUCUUGCUUGCUAUGUACUCUACUUCUGGUUUAUAAAUCAGCAGUGCUAAUAAUUAUAAUAAAUGAAUUAUCUUGUCCUA